GUUUCGCCUUUAGCCAAUGACAAAACACCUUUUUGAGACGACAGAACCCCUGCACGAUGGAAAAGGACUCGUUCUUUAUAGUCGGAACAAACGUAUAUUUUGUUAUUUGUAAACAAUGUGACAAAACAAAACCGUGCGUUUCGUUAUUUUAAAGGUAACACUGCGAACAAGAAACAUGUUUUUUUUGCCGUUUGUCCACGGAACAUUUUAGGGUCGUUUGUCAAGUCUCUCCUGUUAUAGAGUGGCCCUGUGGAUUUAUGUCAGUAUUAGGGGGUCAUACUGCUCUGAAAGUGGAAUAUUUGAGUUGAAAGCCCCAAACAUGAAGAAGAAACUCAAUCCAAAAGAAACACAGGAGACAACAACAGCAUGCAAUUCCAAAAGGGAUGUUGGCAUGACUAUUAAAGAUUUUUCACUGGAAAAGAAGUGUUUGCGAAUAUCUCAAAAUGAUGGUUGUUUCCUUAAGUUCCUGAACGAAGACCGCCACAAGCUGUCAUCAUUCUGUGACACAACUGUUACAGUUUCUGGGAGGAUAUAUCAUGCACACAAGGUUGUUUUGGCAUUUGGAAGUGGAUAUUUUCAUUCCAGAUUCAGUGAAAAUCCUGAACUCCAUCAUGUUAGUAUUGAUAACAUGGAGGGCUCCACCUUUGGACACCUGCUCAACUUUUUGUACACUUCUGAAUUUGAAGUUUCAGAAUGUCAAAUCCCUGCUUUGGCUGAAGCUGCCUGUUUUCUUGAUAUGAUGGAAGCUGUAAACAUUUUAGCAAAGUGGGCAGCACCAGCUAAUGCUGAUGAAGAAAGUGAAGUUCCAGAGGAGAUCCCAAAUUUCCAAAACAUCCAAACUUCAUCUGGAACCAAGUGUUUAUUUUGCAGUCGCACAUUCAAUUACAAAAAGUCUCUAGAGAAUCACUUGGCCAAGACACACAGCACCGGUUGCCAUAAUGAGGAAGAACAAACUGUGGUGAGCACAUCUGUGGUCACAAUUCGCAGAUCUGCACGUCAGAGGAGGGUACCUGCUAAAUUUAAGAGCCAGGAUAGUGAAAACGAGUGUGUUGUAUCUGCAAAGCCGAACCAAAAAAUUGCAAAUCACAACUCUGUUACUUAUGAGGAGGAGGAAGAGGAUAAUGAAAGCAAAGAAGAGAAUGAAAACGAGCAGAUACAGCAGGAAAGUUGGAAAGAGGGGCAAGAAGAAACAUUUGUAGCUUUGGAGGUUGAGGCUGCAGAAUAUGAAGACUGUGAGAAGCCAAAGGAGGCAUGUGUCUCUGAGGCCCAGAAGGAGACUGAACCAGCAUUCAGUCAUGCUCUUGAGGAGCACAACCAAAAGACAGAGGUCUCUAGUCAUAUUUUUCCAGAAGGACUGGCUCCUGUUGUGAUCCAUAGCACUAACAAAAAGAGUCUCAAGUGUCCUAAAUGCGACAAGAUUUUUGAUCGUAAAGGUAAAUACGAGAGUCACACCAGAGUACACACGGGAGAAAAACCAUUCCAGUGUGACAUCUGUCUUCAAUGCUACUCCACCAAAUCAAACCUCACUGUGCACAAGAAGAAACAUGAUAGUGGCACACCUGUUCAAAGGAAAGAGCACAAAUGUCCCUUCUGCAACAAGCUUCAUGCCAGCAAGAAGACUCUAAGCAGACAUGUGAAGAGAUUUCAUCCUGACCACCUGCAGGAGUUUCUCACUCAGAAGAAGAAGAGUGAAGUGUGGAAAUGUGAUAUCUGUCACAAGUCCUUCAGCCGUCGCCCCCACCUGGAGGAGCACAUGAUCUUACAUUCACAGGAUAAACCCUUUAAGUGUGCCUACUGUGAUGACUACUUUAAGUCACGGUUUGCCAGGCUAAAGCACCAAGAAAAGUUCCAUUUAGGACCAUUCCCUUGUGACAUCUGUGGUCGUCAGUUUAAUGACACAGGCAACCGCAAACGUCAUAUAGAGUGCACACAUGGGGGAAAGAGGAAAUGGACCUGUUUUCUGUGCGGCAAAUCAGUUCGAGAGAGGACAACACUGAGGGAGCAUCUAAGGAUCCAUAGUGGGGAAAAACCUCACCUGUGCAGCAUCUGUGGACAAAGUUUUCGUCACGGAAGCUCCUACAGACUUCACCUUCGUGUUCAUCAUGAGGACAAGCGAUAUGAAUGUGAAGAAUGUGGAAAAACAUUUAUUCGCCAUGAUCAUCUAAAGAAGCACAAAAAAAUCCAUACAGGGGAAAAAGCACACCAGUGUGAAGAGUGUGGAAAAUGCUUCCGACGUGCCGAUCACUUGACCGUCCAUUACAAAAGCAUUCACCUGGGAGAAAAGAUAUGGCAAAGGUAUAAAGCAGUAGUGCAUCAGUGUCAGGUGUGCAAGAAAGAGUUCAGGGGGAAAACCAACCUCAUGUCACACUUCAGAACACAUUCAGGUGAGAAACCCCACAAGUGUGUGAUCUGUAACCAGACGUUCAGCAUCAAGAAAACUUUGACCAAACACAUGGUUAUUCAUUCAGAUGUACGUCCUUUCAACUGCCCACACUGCAGUGCUACCUUCAAGCGUAAGGACAAGCUCAAGUAUCACGUUGAUCAUGUGCACAGUGUUCGUCUGCUUGACCAGCAGCAGAAUCAGCCUGCCAGCCCUGCUAACAAGUUAAUCGACCCAUCACUGUCAAAUAAAAAUUCCAAACCAUGUCAAAAUGCAUCUAAGACUGUGCUGCAGAGUGUGGCAGCUGAUGUUUGUGUUCCUGUGACACUCAUUCCUGUACAGAUGACUGAGGAAGCUGAUCUUGCUGUUCAUGGAGUGCCACAUGGCAUUCUUCCUGCUUUAAGCCAGCCACAGCAGAGCUACCAGUCUGCCACUGACUUAGUAUUCUUGGAAAAAUACACUCUCACACCUCAGCCAACCAAUAUAGUGCAUCCAGUGCGAGUAGAACAAAUGCUGGACCCUCGAGAGCAGUCUUACCUAGGCACACUUCUGGGACUGGACUCAGCUACACCUGUACAAAACACGUCUAGUGCUGAACAUACUCAAUAAAUUGUCAUAUGCAUGUCUUUGUGUGAUUUUAUUUUUGUCAUCAGCCUCUAUGUGCUGUUUUUAAAGGGAUAGUUCACCCAAAAAUGAACAUUUUGUCAUCAUUAAGGGUGCUUUCACACUUGGUUCAUUUGCCUGGACCGUACCCAGGUUCAAUUGUCUCCCCCUGCCACCUCCUCGGUUGGUUUGUGUUCAUACUGUAUUUUUUCUUUCUGUACCCCGGUACGCUGGCGUCAUCGAGCAGCUGUUUUGUUUAUGGCCGUUGCUAGGUGACGGUCAAAAAGCAAGCGCUGAAAUGGAAAGACUUCCGCACAUCGCGGUCAUUCUGCUUUAACUGAAACUUUUGGUUUUGGACAUACAGAAAGUGACUCGCGUCCAUCUGCCGCAAAAAUAUUAUAAACAUUCAGAACAUCACACAGUGUCUUUUGGAGGAGACAAGCAGACAUCACUGUGUAUCACUGUGUUUGCCCUGGCUCAGUCCCGCGCGUGUCACCAUGGUACGAAACGUGACACACACACACGCUAACAUGAAAGAACAUUAUGAAAACGAUAGAUUGUUAUACAGUUGGCGGUUCACUUCCGGGAUUUGGUACGAUUGCAUUCACACUAGAAGUGACCUGUACCAGAGUUUGCAUGAACCGUACCCCAGACCACCUCUUUCAGGCGGAUUCGGGUUCAGAAGACACGUUCACACUAGCUAAACGUACCGUUCUAUGAUGUCAAACGAACCCGGGUGCGGAUCAAAAGUGCUAGUGUGAAAGCACCCUUACUCACUUUUUCCAAACCUGUUUCACUUUUUUUCUGUUGAACAUAAAAGAGGACAAUUUGAAGAAGCUGUGACCAUUGACAUUCAUGGUAUGCCUUUAAAGGCAUAUUUCGCUCUUAAAGGCUGCAUGUUCUUUCUACAGAAAUUCACAUUUGUCAUUUAAUAUGAAAAAUAAAUCAUUUGAAAAGACAUGAGAGGUAAUAAAUAAUUAUCAAAUGUAAAAGAAAUUUUGUGUGUGAAAUGUUCCUUUAAUGUCAAAGGACCAUUAUGCCUAUUUCUGUACAGUAUAUGCAAUGUGUAUAUGUAAAUUUCCAAUAAUUCUUCCGCCAGUCUGUAUAUCUGACAGAAGAAUAUAACCACAGUGCAAAUGAGUAAUAAUGUUCAUUUAAAACAGUAAUUCCCUAAACCAAACUAAAGUGUCAUAAUUCUUGUGAUUGUAUUCUUUUAAAUAAAGCACCAUGAAACAAUAAAAUCAGAACAUUGUUUAAA